AAAACCGGGAAAUGAGCAAAACGAGUGGGCGACUCAACAAUGGCAUACCUCAGAUUCCAGUGAAAAGAGGAGAAUCUGAAUUUGAUUCUUUCAGGCAGUCUCUGCCAGUGUUUGAGAAACAAGAAGAAAUUGUUAAAAUAAUUAAAGAAAAUAAAGUAGUUUUGAUCGUAGGAGAAACUGGGUCUGGAAAGACUACACAGAUUCCUCAGUUCCUUUUAGAUGAUUGCUUUAAAAAUGGUAUCCCCUGCCGUAUAUUUUGUACCCAGCCAAGAAGGUUAGCAGCUAUUGCUGUGGCUGAAAGAGUUGCUGCAGAGAGAAGAGAAAGGAUUGGUCAAACGAUUGGAUAUCAGAUCCGAUUAGAAAGCAGGGUUUCUCCAAAGACACUUCUGACAUUUUGCACUAAUGGGGUAUUGCUUCGUACAUUGAUGGCGGGAGAUAGUACAUUGUCGACUGUGACACAUGUUAUUGUGGACGAAGUACAUGAAAGGGAUCGAUUUAGUGAUUUUUUACUUACAAAGUUAAGAGAUCUGUUGCAAAAGCACCCAACUUUGAAACUUAUUCUUUCUAGUGCUGCCUUGGAUGUAAAUCUUUUUAUAAGAUAUUUUGGAAGUUGCCCAGUGAUCUAUAUACAGGGAAGACCUUUUGAAGUAAAAGAAAUGUUUCUGGAAGACAUCUUAAGAACUACUGGAUACACAAACAAAGAAAUGUUAAAAUACAAAAAGGAAAAACAACGAGAAGAGAAGCAACAAACUACUCUUACAGAAUGGUAUUCGGCUCAAGAGAAUACAUUCAAGCCUGAAUCUCAGAGGCAGAGAACUGUUCCGAAUGUGACUGAAGAGUAUGAUUUGUUGGAUGAUGGUGGUGAUGCUGUCUUCAGCCAGUUGACAGAAAAAGAUGUGAAUUGCCUUGAACCAUGGUUAAUAAAGGAAAUGGAUGCUUGUCUUUCUGACAUAUGGCUACAUAAAGAUGUCGAUGCCUUCGCUCAGGUCUUUCACCUUAUUUUAACUGAAAAUGUUAGCGGUGAUACCACUUCCCCACCUUUGCAGGAAGUGGGAAGUAUAUUAAAAAAUAAAGCCAUGGACAUGUUGGACUUGGAGGUACCAGGCACAGUGGGAGAUGCUUCACUGGAAUUUGGAAAUCUAGAUGAAAGUUCUCUGGUACACACAAAUGGGAGUGACCUCAGUGCAGAAGACAGAGAGCUCCUGAAAGCUUAUCAUCACAGUUUUGAUGAUGAAAAAGUAGACUUGGAUUUGAUCAUGCACCUUCUAUACAAUAUCUGCCAUGGUUGCGAUGCUGGAGCAAUAUUAAUUUUCCUGCCUGGAUAUGAUGAAAUUGUUGGACUGCGGGAUCGUAUCCUGUUUGAUGACAAGCGGUUUGCUGAUAACACACACAGAUAUCAAGUCUUUAUGCUUCAUUCAAAUAUGCAAACAUCUGAUCAAAAGAAGGUAUUGAAAAACCCACCUGCUGGUGUUCGAAAAAUUAUCCUUUCCACCAAUAUUGCUGAAACCAGCAUCACAGUCAAUGAUGUUGUCUUUGUUAUUGAUUCUGGUAAGGUGAAAGAGAAAUCCUUUGAUGCACUGAAUUUUGUUACAAUGUUAAAAAUGGUGUGGAUAUCCAAAGCUAGUGCCAUACAACGAAAAGGCAGGGCAGGGAGAUGUAGACCUGGAAUUUGUUUCCGGCUGUUCAGCAGACUCCGAUUCCAGAAUAUGUUGGAAUUUCAGACUCCAGAACUUUUGAGAAUGCCAUUACAGGAACUUUGUUUACAUACUAAGCUGUUAGCCCCAGUUAAUUGUCCUAUUGCUGAUUUCCUAAUGAAAGCUCCUGAACCUCCACCUGCUUUAAUUGUAAGAAAUGCUGUACACAUGCUUAAGACAAUAGAUGCAAUGGACGCGUGGGAAGAUCUCACUGAGCUUGGGUAUCAUUUGGCUGACCUGCCCGUAGAACCACAUCUUGGAAAAAUGGUCCUGUGUGCUGUCGUGUUAAAGUGUCUGGACCCCAUCCUUACAAUUGCCUGCACCCUGGCCUAUCGAGACCCUUUUGUACUGCCAACCCAGGCCUCUCAAAAGCGCGCAGCUAUGCUCUGUAGGAAACGCUUCACUGCAGGAACUUUCAGUGACCACAUGGCACUUCUCAGAGCAUUCCAGGCAUGGCAGAAAGCACGAAGUGAUGGGUGGGAGCGAGCCUUUUGCGAAAAGAAUUUUCUUUCGCAAGCUACCAUGGAAAUAAUCAUUGGUAUGAGAACUCAGUUGCUUGGUCAACUUAGAGCAUCAGGUUUUGUUAGAGCACGAGGCGGUGGUGAUAUUCGAGAUGUUAACACAAAUUCCGAGAACUGGGCUGUCGUUAAAGCUGCAUUGGUGGCAGGCAUGUAUCCUAAUGUAGUCCAUGUGGACAGAGAGAAUGUAGUACUGACAGGGCCAAAGGAGAAAAAAGUUCGGUUUCAUCCCACUUCAGUUCUCAGUCAGCCUCAGUAUAAAAAGAUUCCUCCAGCCAAUGGUCAGGCUGCAGCGAUUCAGGCACUACCUACAGAUUGGCUUAUUUAUGAUGAAAUGACCAGGGCCCAUAGAAUAGCUAAUAUUCGAUGUUGUUCAGCAGUGACACCCGUCACUAUAUUGGUGUUCUGUGGACCAGCUAGACUGGCAAGUAAUGCUCUUCAAGAACCUUCAUCAUUUCGAGCGGAUGGUGUUCCUAAUGACAGUAGUGAUAGUGAAAUGGAGGACAGAACCACUGCUAAUUUGGCAGCUUUGAAACUUGAUGAGUGGCUCAAUUUCAAACUAGAGCCUGAGGCAGCCAGUUUAUUGCUGCAGCUCAGACAGAAGUGGCACAGCUUAUUUUUACGCCGAAUGAGAGCUCCAUCCAAACCUUGGUCUCAAGUUGAUGAAGCUACCGUAAGAGCAAUUAUAGCUGUUUUAAGCACUGAGGAACAGUGUGCAGGUUUACAGCAGCCGUCUGGGAUAGGCCAGAGGCCAAGGCCUAUGUCUUCAGAAGAACUUCCUUUGGCAUCAUCUUGGAGGUCCAAUAAUAGCAGGAAAACUUCCGCAGAUACUGAAUUUUCUGAUGAGUCUGCUACUGCAGAAAGAGUAUUGAUGAAAUCUCCAUCUCCAGCACUACACCCACCUCAGAAGUACAAAGAUAGAGGAAUUUUACAUCCUAAACGAAGCACUGAUGACCGAUCGGAUCAGUCUUCUGUGAAAUCUACAGACAGCAGUAGUUACCCGAGUCCUUGUGCCAGCCCUUCUCCUCCACCCUCAGGAAAGGGCUCAAAAUCUCCUUCACCAAGACCAAACAUGCCUAUUCGAUACUUCAUAAUGAAGAGUAGCAAUUUGAGAAACCUUGAAAUUUCUCAGCAGAAGGGUAUCUGGUCUACAACCCCUAGUAAUGAGCGGAAGCUAAAUCGAGCCUUUUGGGAAAGCAGCAUGGUUUACUUGGUAUUUUCUGUUCAAGGAUCUGGACAUUUCCAGGGAUUUUCUAGGAUGUCUUCGGAGAUAGGAAGGGAGAAGAGCCAGGACUGGGGCUCCGCUGGACUGGGAGGAGUGUUUAAGGUGGAGUGGGUCCGGAAGGAGAGUCUUCCCUUCCAGUUUGCACACCAUCUACUUAACCCCUGGAACGACAACAAGAAGGUCCAGAUCAGCAGAGACGGGCAGGAGCUCGAGCCUCAGGUUGGUGAACAGUUGCUCCAGUUAUGGGAACGCCUUCCGUCAGGAGAAAAAACCACGACUGAUUGA